CCACAUUGCGCUGCUAACAAGCCACCGACAGGAAGCGACAUGGAUAGAAAACCGGAAGUCGGGAGUUGUUCUCCUUGAACCUGCUCAGAAGCACGUUAUUGCAAUGGCUUGUCUACGGCAGGGCAUCAAAGUUUUAUCUGCUGCUACUCAAUAUGUGGCAAAAUCUGUGUAUUCACCUGCAUCUUUACCAAGCAUAAUUUCUUCUGUGUCAUCAAAACCACUACUUUUGCAUCGAUUCAACAACCAAAAAUCACUUAUGCCUCUCAGAUCAUUUGUCUCUGUCUGCCAACCAACACAAAUCCACAGAUAUAUAGGCUGCAAUGGAUUAAAUCAAAAACUACUGAGUGCUCCGCAGACACCUAAUGUCACAAGCGUUCGAAAUAAAAUAGUUUGUAGCUAUAAAAAAGGAAGACCAAAAUCUAGUUCAGCUGUAGUAAGUCGAUUUUAUCGCUUGAGAUCUGGACUUUGGAUUAGAGCAAGAUCUGGUCGAAGUAAUAAACGUUGGGCUAAAAAUAGUAGACGUGUUUUCAGGCUCCAAGAAACAGUUUUUUGCAACAAGACUCAAUCUAAGAAAUUAGAGAGAAUGGUUUCUCGUCACUGGCUGAAGAAAAGAUAUUUUCCAGAUGAUCCUUAUGAAAUAUAUCAAGAUAGAAGCACUACAAAAUUUGAUGUCAAAAAGCCCUUGUUUUUCCCAUAGAUAAUAUAUUUUAAUGGAUCAAAUUUAUUAUAUAUUUUGCUCUUUAACUCAAAAGAUACAGUGAUCCAGCUUUUUUACCCUUUGGAAACAAAAACUUACAUUAACUAUAUCACUUAUGUGUAUAUGUAUAUGUUUUCAUCUGAAGCUGAACUAUGGCUAAGUUUCCCUACAUUUAUUUGAGCAAGGACUUGAAAUUAAUGAAAGAAUGAAAUAUCUGCUUUAAAUGAAUAUACUCUACUUGUAUUGAGUAUUUUUAUUACAUUUAAAGACAUACUCUAUGCAUAUAAAACUGAUGCACUUCACUACUUUCAUCCCGUCUCCGAGAGUAACACCAACAGAUUCAGGUAGUUGAAGUAAACUAACCUUUUAAUAAAUUAUUUUGAGAAAUUUC